UAAGGUCAUUUGGCAGAGAAGAUGGUAAGGAGCCUAGGCAUCUUGAGCUUUACUUCUAUGAUGACGAUCCGAGCCUUGAGUACCGGUACCGAAGGUGUCGUGAAGAGCAGUAUCAAAAAGAUAAAGAAGUUAUAGACAGACUGGUGGCCAUCCUUCAUGAUAACCCGUACUCACAACAUUUGAGGAGUCUGGGGCACGCUGAACAUCUCGAGGACUAUCGUCUUACACUUAACCUUGAUCAGCGAUUGGACCAAAGGACAUACAAUGUGCCGAUGGCUUCAGAGGUGGCUGUUGUUUGGAUCGAAGGUAGUGAACUCCUUGGUCAAUUUCAGAAUAGUGUUGUCCUACAUGGGAAAGAUAGGAGCAGGCAUGGUAUCCGAUCAUACCAUGGAUGCUAUGAUGCUCUUUCAUACCCACUCUUCUUCCCUAGAGGUGAGCUUGGAUGGCAUAUGGAUAUCCCAAAGAAAGGUGUUACCAUGGAGGAUGUCAACACGGCUCGUGCCCUACGUAAGGCUCGUAGUGGUACUGAAGAAGAAGAAACAGGUUUGUUUAUCUCCUUGUACUUUUCAGGCAUAUCAAACCUUUAUCACAUGAACACUUCUAAUAUCAUAGUUUUGACAGGCUCUCCGGGAAAUUUAUGUGUUUCUGUGCGUGACUACUACUGCUACAAGUUCCAGAUACGGCCAGGAAUAUUUAAUCCCAUACUUUAUGGCAAGCGUCUUUUCCAACAAUUUGCAGUGGACACGUACAUCAAAAUCGAGAGUUCUCGAUUGGAUUACAUACGCAAUCAUCAAACGGAGAUUAGGGCCGAUCUCUACCAAGGAUUGGUUGAUAGCCUGCAUGCUGGUGAGGGUAGAUCAGAAGCUGUUGGAAAGCGGACGGUGAUGCCUUCAUCAUUUAUCGGAGGCCCGAGGGACAUGAGGCGUAGAUACAUGGAUGCCAUGGCACUGGUGCGAAGGUUUGGGAAACCAGACAUCUUCCUGACUAUGACAUGCAAUCCAAAGUGGGAUGAGAUCACACGUGAGUUGUAUCCUGGACAAACACCACAAGAUCGUCCAGACCUUAUUGAUCGGGUCUUUAGGGCAAAACUGGAAGAGCUUAAGCAUAGGUUGUUGAAAAAGGAUAUCCUUGGAAAGGUUCGUGCACACGUGUAUGUUGUGGAGUUCCAAAAAAGGGGUCUACCGCAUGCCCACUUUUUGCUAAUCAUGGACAGACGCUACAAGAUCACGUGCCCAGAGCAGUAUGACCUUCUCAUCUCUGCCGAGCUCCCAAACAAGAAGAAGUAUCCAGACUUGUAUAAAAUGGUUACAAAGCAUAUGAUGCAUGGACCUUGUGGCGUACUUAAUCGCAAUUGCCCGUGCACAAAGGGCCGUGAAUCAUGCAAGAACCGUUACCCACGACCUUUCUGUGAUGCCACAUUACAGGGCAAGGAUUCAUACCCAGUUUAUAGACGUCGUGAUAAUGGUAGAAAAGAAAAAGUUCGCGGGCAUGAGCUUGACAAUAGAUGGGUUGUGCCUUACAAUCCAUACCUCCUACGUUUGUUCAAUUGCCAUAUCAAUGUUGAGGCGUGUGGGAGCAUCAAGGCAGUGAAGUAUUUGUUUAAGUACAUUUACAAGGGUCAUGAUCGCGCAUCUGUGGCUGUGAGAGAGGCUGACAAGGAGGACAAUGAAGGAAACAUUGAUGAGAUCAAACAAUACAGGGAUGCUAGAUGGGUAACUCCACCAGAAGCCUUGUGGAGGAUAUAUGGCUUUGAUAUAAAUGAUAGGUCCCCUUCGGUAUUGUCCUUGCAGCUCCAUCUUCCUAACAUGCAUAUGGUGUCAUUUCACCAACGCGAGGGUGUUCGACGAGUGCUUAAUCGUCCAGGUGUUGAAAGGUCGAUGCUUACAGCCUACUUUGAGAAGAACAACACAUCUGAACAUGCUCGUGGUAUAUUGUAUCGAGACUUUCCUGAGUACUAUAAGUGGGACUCACAGGGAAAACAAUGGAUUAGGAGGGCACAAAAGAAUCAUUUAAGACAGAUUGGAAGAGUUGUAUGUGCCAAUCCGGCCGAAGGGGAGCGUUACUAUCUUAGGGUGCUUCUAAACCACGUGGCUGGUGCUUCCUCAUUCACUGAUCUAAGGAUAGUGUCUGGUGAACUACUACCAACUUUUCGUGAAGCUGCAGAAAGAAGGGGACUCAUUGAAGCAGACAACAUGCUACACGAGGGCCUUGCUGAAGCUACUCUAUGGAUGAUGCCAUAUGCACUGCGAAGGCUCUUUGCAACAAUCUUGGUUUUCUGUGAGCCGAGUGAUGUAUUAGAACUAUGGGAAAAGCAUAAGGAGGCAAUGUCAGAGGACUACAGGCGUAAUAACCAAUCCAGCUUUGCAGUGGAACAGAUGGUCCUCAUAGAUAUUCGAAAGUUGUUAGAAUCAAUGCAGAAGGACAUAAAGAUGUACCCACUUCCUGAUAUUGAUGACACAUAUGAUCCAUCCGGCGAUAUUCCCAGGGAGAUUUUUGAGGAGGCUAACGUUGAGGCAAGCAUUGAUGAUAUGGCACUAUCAGUGACCCUUAACGAGGAGCAGCGGGCUGCCUACAAUGAGAUUAUGUCUGCUAUUAAUACCGAUCAUGGGGGUUUGUUCUUUGUGGAUGGACCUGGUGGCACCGGAAAGACUUAUCUAUAUAGGGCCCUACUCGCUACUAUACGUAGUCAGAACAAGAUUGCUGUGGCAACAGCAACAUUUGGUGUUGCUGCGUCAAUAAUGCCGGGUGGUAGAACCGCCCACUCGCGCUUCAAGAUUCCCCUUACCCUCGAUGAUGGGGCGUUUUGCACCUUCACAAAACAGAGUGGUACCGCCAAGCUACUUAAGACCGCCUCCCUUAUUAUUUGGGACGAGGUGACGAUGAUGAAGAGGCAAGGUGUUGAGGCGCUAGACAACAGUCUCCGUGAUAUCAUGGAUCGUCCUAACCUACCGUUUGGGGGCAAGACUGUUGUGUUUGGUGGAGAUUUUAGGCAGGUUCUCCCAGUUGUUCGAAGAGGGUCUAGGGCACAAAUAGUUGGUGCCUCACUACGGAUGUCAUACCUUUGGAAUUCCAUGCGACAUCUCAAAUUGGUGCGAAACAUGAGGGCAAAAAGCGAUCCAUGGUUUGCAGAAUACUUUCUACGCAUGGGGGGGGGGGGCUCUGAGGAGACUAAUUGUAAUGGUGAAAUCCAUCUUCCUGAUGAUAUAUGCAUACCACAAACUGGGAAAGACGGUGAUCUUGAUACGUUAAUUGACUGCAUAUUCCCUGCCCUCAAUGCCAAUAUGUCAAACAAGAGCUACAUCACCUCACGAGCAAUAUUAUCUGCACGGAACGACUGGGUUGAUAUGAUUAACAUGAAGAUGAUAAGUCGUUUCGAAGGGAAUGAGAUGGUGUACCAUAGCUUUGAUAGUGCAGUAGAUGAUCCACAUAACUACUACCCAUCUGAGUUUCUUAACACUUUGACCCCCAAUGGUCUCCCUCCACAUGUGUUAAAGCUCAAGAUUGGGUGUCCGGUCAUAUUGCUAAGGAACAUCGACCCUGCAGGUGGACUUUGCAAUGGAACCAGGCUGGUGGUUCGAGGGUUCCAAAGAAAUAUUAUCGAUGCAGAAAUUAUGGUUGGAGACCAUGCCGGAAAGCGAAUUUUCCUACCACGGAUUCCGUUAUGCCCCUCGGACGAUGAGAUGUUCCCGUUCCAGUUCAAGAGGAAGCAAUUUCCUAUUAGACUCAGUUUUGCCAUGACGAUUAACAAAGCACAAGGGCAAACUCUCCCGAAUGUUGGUGUGUAUUUGCCUGAACCAGUGUUUUCUCAUGGUCAGUUGUAUGUUGCGCUAUCAAGAGCUACUGCCAGAUCGAAUAUUAGGAUCCUUGCUAUCCCGCCCAGUGAUAAGAAUGAUAAGAAAAAAAAUACAAAAAUAAAUGGUACAUACACAAAAAAUAUUGUCUACAAAUAGGUCCUCACUCUAUGAAAAGGUAGUAGAAGAAGUUUGUGAAUAAUAGGAGACAAGUAGUGUAUGAUGAUCUUUUGGACAUGUUACUGAUUAGAUGUACUCGUUAUAUUAUAAUAUGUUUUCAAUAACUUUAUGUGAAUUUAUGUUUAUAUUUAAUUCAUAACGUGA